AUGGAAGAAAACAAUAACUUGUCAAAGUUGUCCUUAGAACCGAGAAUUGGAACAGCUCCUAUUGAUGUUAAUGAGCAAGGAAUAGAAAUCUCUCAACCUAAUCUAGAAUCUACAGAAAAACUUGCUCGUCAAAUGCAAAAGGUAUGGGGAGAACGUCAAUUUCGUAAUUUGACAAUUGAAUCUUUAGAAGCUUCUGAGGAAGACACAAAAAAAACUAAAGUAAAAAAAGAAGAAAAAUCCAAAAAAGCUGUAUCUGAUUUAGAAUUAAUGAAAGAUACUAUUAAAACAUCUAUUGUACAAUCAUACAGUGAAAUUAAUGUUGGUAUUGAUGUAUUAAAUUUAAUACUAUCAGAAACUCGUCAGAACUUUGUUCCUACAAAUCCACUUCCAAUCCCAGCUGGUAUAAUCCAACACAAAUAUCAUAGUUAUACUCAACCAAAUACAAUUUCACAAAUUCAGAACACAAAAUUGAUGUUGGGAAUGAAGCCAGGUAUCUUAUCUUCAGCAUCAGGAAAAUUAAAAGAUAUAGUAGAGAAAGAGCGUACAUUUUGGAAUGAAGCUAUAUCGUUAAGACAACAUCAUUGGAGUUUGUUACGUACGGAAAAUAAACAAAUAUUUGUUGAUUAUGGAUAUUCAGAAGCUGGAUCAAAGUAUCAUGUAAAAUCAUAUCCACAAAUAUUAAGAACACCUGAUGAAAAACAAAUAGCAAUAUCACUACCACAAAAACCAAAGAAAGCGGUGAAAUUAAUAUUACAACAAAAAUCAAGUGUUCAAGGUGACUCGAUACAAGAGAAUUCUUUACCCCGUUCAGAACCGCUACUGGAAGAAGCAAUCUCAAUACCGGGAAUAAAAAUCAUUGAGAAUGAAAUAUUUAUUCAGAUUUAUGAAAAUGUAGAUUUGACAAUUCAAUGGGCUAAUUUGGAUACACUUGAAGAAUCUCAAUCAAUGGAUGAAUAUAUGUCACCUGGUUUAGAAACAAAUAAUUUUUUUAAUGUAACUAUUUCACCAGAAUCUUCAACAUGUACUGUAUUCAAAUUAGCCAUGGAUUUAUUGGUGAGAAGAUUACAUCGCAGAAAUUUGCAUGGACAACAAGAACUCAAUUCGAUUACCAGAUCAUUGAGAAAUGGAGGUGUUCCAUUACAAGUUCAUUUCAUAUCUAAUUUGGGUAGUGGAAAGGAUUUAAUCAAUGAAAUAUGGAAAAAACUUGGAAAUGACAAUGUACCAUUAUUUAUUGGAAUGAUGAUUAUAACAGUUGAUCACAGACAUAGUUUACGAUUUACUUUGGAAUCACCAGAAACUGUGAUAAUUCAUUUACCACAAGUCGACAUUAGAACAAGAGAUUUAACACAAUUCCAAGAUAUACUUUCCAGGGAACUCACAUUAUUAUUACUGAAAAUAAUCUAUCAGUUAUUAAAUUAUUUAAUUGGCUUAAAUGAUUUGAUAUCAGAUAAUAAUGAUGGAAAAUGGAUUCUUGAUAUUGCAACUUUAUCAAUUUUCAGAGAAUUGCCACCAAUAUUGACAACGAAAUUGUCUGCUUCUUCUUCCAUGGAAAUAACAACACCACCAUCAAAAAAGAAAAUUGUUAAUCAACCUGGUGGUAAUAUAGAUUGGAAUCAAACAUAUUGGAGAAGGCCUGUAAAAAUAUCAAUUCUUAAUCAACAUCCAACACCUGAUAAAUUAAGUGUAAAGGUUGAAACAACAUGGGAUGAUGAUAAUAUUCUUGAAGAUGUAUUAGUGAUUGGUAGUAAUGAUGGCAGUAAUGUUGGUGAAGUAGGAAAAAAUUUAAGGAAAAAAUUUAGUGAAUUGAUUUAUGAGUUUUUAAUAAAAUUAAUGUGA